CCGGGAAGAUGGAGUGGGCAUGCGCCCGGAGCUCCCCACCCACCGCGGUUCCCGGUCAGGGGCAGGUGGGCCCCCGUCCCCGCCUGCUCCAGACUGAGGGUAUGGUCUGUGUCGGCAAUCAGUUGGGCAUAACCGAUUAAAUCCCAUUAAGCCCGAGUUAUUUUAAAAAUGCUUUUCAACAACACAAUAUGAUGUUCCACCUUACUUUCAUCAAAUGAACAAAAUGUCCAGCAAGGGGAAGUUUGUAAAUUAAUGGCAAGACAAGAUCGAGCGCAGGUUUCACAAACACACAGCAGCUGACAAUUCUUGACAAGCUUCUCAAGACUCUCUGGACUUUCAAACCCGAAUCUCAGCCUGACCCCUCCCUCCAGUCUCUCCACUUCAGCUUCACCCAAAGAGCCAGACAAAAGGUCCUGGGUCACAAAGGCCGUUGCCAGGCGCCUGGUGGAGAAAAGAUGCGGCGGGGACCAGCAACUGUCACUCUGGAGCGGAUGGCCGUGGAGUUCAGCAGACUGUCAAUGGCAGGAUACCAGCUCUGGUCACCAUGGACCCCACUGGAUGAGAGCUUCCAAUGGCUGCGGCACACAACACCCACACCUUCUUCCAAGCACCCCUUUAGGGCUUCCCCCUGCUUCCCACACACCCCUUCUGACCUGGAAGUGCAGCUCUGCUUUCAAGAGGUUACUCUAGUCCUAGACAGCCCAUUCCUGGAAUCCGGGGUGAGUCCCAAGUUACCCUGCCACACAUCAGAGCUCCGAACCAUUAACAACAAGAAAGGGCUGGUCAGGAAGCCCCAGCCAGUCCGCCUCAGUGGAGUGGAUUCGGUCUUUGGCAGGGUCAUCACGGCUCAGCCUCCAAAGUGGACUGGCACCUUCAGAGUUUCAGACAAGUCAGCCUUUUGCAAAAUCAUCAGCCGGGAGCACCAGUGGCCCACUGGACUUAAGGAGCCGCAGAUUCAGAUGACAGUGACCAUGUGCAAACAGAUGCUGCGCUCCAUCCUCUUGCUGUAUGCAACGUACAAGAAGUGUACCUUUGCCUUGCAACACUCCAAGUGAAGGGUCCCCCACCUGAUCCCUUUCCCCACACCAUUCCCUUCGCUGUGUGCCUGGAGCCUGCAGAAACCUUUCCAUGGAAAGGAAACUGACAUUGCCCCAACCAUCUUGCUUUUCUGUAAAGCAGUGAAAAUUCAGGAGCCUCUUUCCUCCCUUCCUCUCCAAAAGAGGGCCAGUGAUAGAGCAAGGAAGAACAAUUUCCAUUGAAAUGU